UGCACACUGCGCAUAGCUGGGAAUAACGGACUUUAUAAUUUCACCGACCUGCGUUUGAAUUUAAUGGAACCCUUUAAUUUAACGGAGCUGCAGAAUUGAGCGGUUUGACCAGAAGGAGCUUGGCUGAAGAGAGACUGCAGACUGACCGCAGGAGAGACAGGUUCCCCCAACAAAGCCCUAGGUUAAGGUGCGGCGCUCCUGCAUCCAUGGCUGCGUGCAGGUGACCUCCGGAGAACUCCAGCUGAUCCAGCAGAAGAUCUCUGCAAGGACAGGAGAGCUGCAGACGAGACGAGAGGAGCCGCUCCAGCAUGGGGGAGAGCUACAUGUACCAGAAACUCCCCUACGCCCGAGGAGAGGGGGAUGACGAAGAGGAGAGGAGCAGGAGUGUCGGGGGGCAAAUGAUGCAGGCUGAAGAGGGCACAGAGUGGCUCCUGGAGCUGCUGACGGACGUGCAGCUGCAGCAAUACUUCAUCCGGAUCCGUGACGACCUCAACGUCACUCGACUCUCGCACUUCGACUACGUCAAGAAUGAGGAUCUGGAGAAGAUCGGCAUGGGACGUCCUGGUCAGAGGAGGCUCUGGGAGGCGGUUAAGAGAAGAAGAGCCCUCUAUAAACGCAAAUCAUGGAUGAGCAAGGUGUUUCCGGUGAAGCGGACGGACGCCGACGCCCAGCCGUCCUUCCCCCCGGGAGCGUCCGGAGCAGCCCCGGCCAGCAGCGACCCCGGGGCCUCGCUCACCUGCCUCAUCAGGGAGUCGGAGCUGCAGCUGUUCGAGCGGCUCGGAGACGGAACGUUUGGGGUCGUGCGGCGAGGAGAGUGGACCGCGCCAAACGGCCGAGUGCUGUCAGUGGCGGUGAAGUGUCUGAAGGCAGAUGUGCUGGACUCAGACAGUCUGGACGACUUCAUCAGAGAGGUGAACGCCAUGCACUCCCUGAGCCACCAGAACCUCAUCCGCUUGUACGGCGUCGUGCUCACGCAGCCCAUGAAGAUGGUGGCGGAGCUGGCGCCUCUGGGCUCCCUGCUGGAUCGUCUCAGGAAGCGCCAGGGUCACAUCCUCAUCUCUCUGCUGUGCAACUACGCCGUGCAGGUGGCUUGUGGGAUGGGCUACCUGGAACAGAAGCGCUUCCUCCACAGGGACCUAGCCGCCCGCAACGUUCUGCUGUCCACCAAUGAGACGGUGAAGAUCGGAGACUUCGGCCUGAUGAGGGCGCUGCCCACUCACACCGACCAGUACAUCAUGGAGGAGGGCCACAAAAUCCCGUUCCCAUGGUGUGCUCCGGAGUCCCUGAAGUCUCGGACCUUCUCCCACGCGUCUGACACCUGGAUGUUCGGAGUCUCGCUGUGGGAGAUGUUCACUCACGGACAGGAGCCGUGGCUGGGCCUGAACGGGAGUCAGAUCCUCCAUAAGGUGGACGUUGAGGCUGAGAGGUUGUGUAAGCCUGACGACUGUCCCCAGGACAUCUACAACGUCAUGCUGCAGUGCUGGAGCCCCAAACCCGAGGACAGGCCCACCUUCGUGGCUCUCAGAGACUUCCUGCUCGAGAGCAUGCCCACAGACAUGAGGGCCCUGCAGGACUUCGAGGAGGAAGACAAACUCCAGAUUAAAAUGAACGAUGUCAUCACCAUCAUCGAGGGAAGGGCAGAGCACUACUGGUGGCGAGGUCAGAACCGGGGCACGCUGCGCGUGGGGCAGUUUCCCCGACACGUGGUGACGUCGGUCACCGGCCUGUCGGCCCAGGACAUCAGUCGACCGCUGAAACACUCCUUCAUCCACACCGGACACGGAGACACGGACCCCAACAGGAGCUGGGGGCACGCCGACCGCAUCGACAGUCUGUAUUUGGGGAACCCCAUGGACCCUCCAGAUGUUCUGGGGGUUGAUUCCAACGCUGCCAGGCCCACCAAACUCCCCAACCGUGCAAAGAAGCAGCCACCUCCCCGUCCACCCCAGCCUGCCAUUCUCCUCAAGAAGCCGCUGUACGACCUGGUGAUGGAUGAUUACGAUGACGAGGAGGACGCCAGCUCUUCGUUUGGGCUGAAGAAGCUGGGGGCGUCGCUGGGCCUGAAGCUCCGGCCGUGGGAGGGGGCCGGCUUUCACUCAGACAGGAGUGAGGUGUCGCUCAUCGACUUCACCGACGACAGCUUCAGCUCCACCACGCCCUCGCCGCUCACAGAGAAACUGGACGAGGACACUCUGAAGGACACUCCGUCCAUCCUGGACUGGCCGCUCCCUCAACCCACGUACGACGAGGUGACCGUGGAGAGCGAGGACCAGUCGGAGGACCAGGAGGUGCGGUCCAUCACCACGGGAGUGGCGGAGGAGCUGCUCUGCCAGGGGCCCGGCGUGCCGGGCAGGAGCGAGUCCCAGUCGGCGGACCUUUUCCAGGAGCUGCAGAGGGAGGUGAUGGUGAAGCUUCAGGUUCCCAUGGCAACAGGCCGCUCCCUCCCCUCCUCGCCCACCCCGAUGCCCCUGGUUCCUCUGGGCCCUCACAGACAGAUCUACCUACCCCCCCCCUCCCCUUCGUCCACCCCUUCUUCCUUCCUGUCCUGCGUGGAGGAUCGGCCGGUGCUGCCCCCCCGCAGCCCCGUCCCGCCGAUGCGUCCAUCCAAAUACAACGUCUCCACCCGCAGCGUCCACCAGCAGGCGCGCUCCAGCUCCGUCUCCCUGGGCGACGAGGACGACGCCCCUCCCCAGAUCCCCCCCAGAGACCACCCCUUCUCCCAGCCCGGCUCCCGCUCCUCGUCUCCCCUCCCCGCGCUGCCCCAGCUCUCCUCCGCCCCCGUGAUCCUGCCGCCGCCUCCCCUCUCCGUGUCGCCGCGGCGGACCGCCGGCCUCCUGGGGCCACUCCUGACCACCAACUCCUCGUACUCCGCCUCCACGAAUCCAGCAACGUCACGACCGUCGCGGUUUGGAGCCGCAGGUUCCUCCUACUCCUCCACUUCAUUACUGGAACCGCUCCCCUUUCGAGAGGGGCGGGGCCUCUCCUCACUGAUUGACAGCUCUCAGAGCCCGGCUCCCAUCCCCCUGCCAGAGAGACCAGCUUUCCUGGAGAGAUACGGGGCGGCCAACAUGGCAGCAGUCAAACCCAUGGUGAAGCCGAAACCAAACUCCUCCUACAACAACAACAACGGACGAACCGCAGCUCCCAGCAUGCAACAGGAGCAGAGCAUCACGCAGGUCCGAGCGGGUGUGCACGGGGUCACGAUAGAGGAGUGUCAGGCUGCUCUGCACAACCACCAGUGGAGCGUCCCACAGGCUAUUAAUUAUUUAAAGGUGGAGCAGCUGUUUCGGCUCGGCCUGCGAUCCCGAGACGAGUGCGAGGAGCUCCUGCAGCGCUGCCAGUGGAACCUGGAGCAGGCCAGCACCGUGCUGCUGGACACGUACGGCCCGGGCCACGGCGGGAAGACGCUCUGAGCAGCUGCAGAGCUCGCUGGGAUCGCUGCUCCGACAGACUCACCGCUCCGGCGACUCCAGACGUUCCCUGAUGAACAGAGGAACCCGCGGCGGCGAUCACGCCUCGCGAUCACGCCUCACUCUCCGUGUCGUGACGACCUGCUACUGCCUGUUUUAGUCCACGCAUGCCCAUGAUUAGCUCACAGCUGCUCGCCGAAUGAUCCUGUUUUAUUUAAACCGUCACUAUUUAUGUCUCGUUUCCGCCGGUCGCUCCGGCAGACUUUGCUGUGAAGAAAAUGUACAGAUAAUGUCGUAUUUAACUCUGAAGCGUGCAAACAUGUGCAAACUGCUGGUCAGAAGAAACAAGGAUUUAUCAACCUAGUUAAUACAAUUGUGUUGAUACGACGGAUAUAUCAGAUGUUAUUUAUUAUUUUAAUGGUGUCUUAAAGGUUCCCUGUGGAGUUUCAUAGUAAACUAAUGCAGGUCUGACUCCUGCAUUCAUCACGUUUACCAGGAAGCUGGUUUCUUUCCUGCAUAUUACUGUUGAUUAGUCAUCUGGGGUAAAUUACUCCACAUGUUACCUUUAAUAGUUGUGCUAGGCUUUAUUUUGUAAGAGCAGUCAUCUUGAAGACCAGUGCUUGAAAUCUUUGCUUCUGUUCAGGAUAAAACAGGGUAUUACUCAGAACUUUACAAAUGAGGCAUUUCAUGCAACUUGAGGUUCACAUUUGCUGCAUGUUGCUAUGAAACUGCUUUUAUGAUAAUCAAGUAAAUGAGCUGAAAAGCUUUACCUGUUAUUUAACAGGCAGGUGUGUGUGUGUGUGUGUGCGUAUGUGUGUGUGUUAGCCCUCAUUGCUGAAAGUGUCGCCUGACUUCAUACCGAGUACAAUCUUUUAUGGAAACAUACAAGCAGCUACACAGGAAAGGUUUCCGACAUCCGAUUGCCCACUGUUGCAGAAAUGUUGGCUUUUAAUGCUCUGUCGGUCCCAUUUCAGAGCGACUGUGACGGGCGUCACCCUCCACUCUCUGUGCUAAUACUGUUCUACAUUUUACUGUUGGAUUAAAAAAAAAGCUUGAAACUGUGAAAUGUAAACACGGCCUUUGUUGUUUUUUAAUAAACGGAGAUUC